AUGCACUUUUUCCAGAACACCACCACGCUUGCUCAACUGACCCUCAAGCCCACAGCCAAAGCCUUGAAGGCCGCCAUGAACAUCGCAUGCGACAUCUUGAUGGAAAUAGCCGAAAAAGCUGCCAAACUCAUUCCAAGAUUGGUAGGCCAAGCCGUCAAGCUGUCAAGUGAGGCAGUCGAUGGUGCCAAAUUUCUCGCCGAGAAAGUCGGCGAAAACAUUCCCGAUGCCGCAACCCAGAUAGCUCAAGACAUUCCCACAAACUACGGCAAAGCAGCUGCGGUAAUCUUGGGGAUAUCAGGAAUCGCUAUGGUUGCUGCACCGGCUGUACUUACGCUCCCAGCGUUGGGCGCGGUUGGUUUUAGCGCGUCGAGACCUAUUGCAGGUGAGUUUGGGUAUUGGGGCAAGACCUUUCGAAAUGGGGAUAAACAAAGCGCACGGAGGAUUCGUCUGACGGCAGUUGACGGCUCUUCAUCGAGAGGGGCCUAUGUCCAAACAGCGGAGCUGUCGGUCGUUUGUAACCAUGGAGACGAAGUUCCCAACAAGUGUGGGCUCGACGGCACAGGCGGGUGGUUGUUGUCGAUAGCCAGCCGGGUUAUUCUUGCCACGGUAAGCGGGGAGGAGGUGGAGGGAGCAGGAUUCGAACCUACGUUACUCAAGUAACAGCCAUGGCGCUUAACCACUGCGCCAUUCCCCCCCGC